GAGUAGAUAUGUCAAGUUGUUUCUUACUUUCAUCAGCAUCAUCAGAUAUUAUUGGAUUUGUUAUUUUUAUUAUUUAAUUACAUUCGUUAAAAAUAUGUUAAAUUUUGAAAAAUCAUUAUCGAAAGCGACAUAGUGCUGAAACCAGUUAUGGAUGAAAAAACGAAAAUGGCUAGCGGUUCCGCAGUUUUGAAAGAAAGCGGAGAAGAAGGUGCUAAAGGUCCUCAGAACGCUAAGCGAGAUCUGGAAGAGGAGUUUAACGUGCAAAGAGCUAAAAUGAAAGAGUUAUUCUUACAGAAAGAAGAGGAUCUCCGUCAACUGGUGCUAGAGAAGCAGCAACUGGACUCUGAGGUGUUGGGGCUACGGGAGGAGCUGCAACAACUGCAAACACUCAGUGAGAACCAGAAGUCAGAGAUACAGAGCUUACAGAUGUUAGUCAGUGAGACAGUGGAGGCAUCUUCAUCGGGCUCCGAGGAGGUGAGGAGGCUCCGAGCUCGGAACGUCGACUUGGAACAACAGCUCGCACAACUUAGACAACAACAGGAGCUUCCCCUGGCGCCCGCCACCUUCGUGCGGUCGUUGGCGCGCAAACUGGGAGCGGAGCCGGAGGAGCCACCGCCGCCCAGGAAGGCCGAGGACGAGCUGCUGCAGAGCAUCAUACAGCCGCUCGAGCUGGAGAUCGGCGCGCUCAAGAACAAGCUGCGGGAGAACGACGCUCUGCUACAGGAUGCUCUGAAAUCCAAAGUAGCAGCUCCCAACACCUCGGGCGCCGUGGCCAGCGGCGGCGACUCUAAACCAGAAACGGAGAGCCGCGGCUGUGACAUGUGCGCCAACUACGAGAGACAACUGGUCGCCGAGCAGACACGCGCAGACCACGCACGAGAUAAAGCGAGGAAAUUUGAACUUUCGCUCAAAUUGGCCACAGAGGAGUUAGAGGGCGUCCGCAGCGUCCAUGACGAGACGACGCGCGCCUGGCAGGCCGAGAGGACAGAGGGAGGGGCGCGACUCGCGGACCUACAGCGGGCCCUCGACCACGCCAAGGAACAGAUAGCACAAAGGAGCGAACAGGCCGACCGGGCCUCGCGACAGGCUCUCCACAACGUGACGGCGCUCACGGUCGCCAGGGAGACGCUACAGGGGAAGCUGGACGAACUAGAAAGGGAAAAUGAGAUGCUCGUAGGACGAUAUCUCCGGAAGGCCGCAGAGAUGGAGAGCGAGGUCAUCGACCUGCCGGACGACGUGCCCGCGCUGCAGGAGAAGGCGAUCCAGCUGCACGAACAGCUGCUCGUCUGCCAGGUUGGGCGAGAGAGGGCGCUGGAGGACGAGGAGGAACUACGAGCGCAGCUACAGCAGCACGCCGCCAUGUUGCACCGGAGAGAAGACGAGCUGGCCGAGCAGGGAGCCAGGCUCAAGGACGUCGGCAAAGAGCUGGAUCGGCUGCAGACUGAGCACGAGCAGAUGAAGGAGCUGGCGGACAAGCUGAGGCAGUCCAACGACACCAUCGAGAAGCUGCUCGAGGAUAAAAAACGUCUCCAGAACGAGGUGAGCGAGGUGCGCACGAGGGUGUGCGUGUUACAGCAGGAGCUGGACAACAGUGAGAAGGUGCAGCAGGACUUCGUGCGACUGUCGCAGAGCCUGCAGGUCCAGUUGCAGAGGAUACGGGAAGCCGACUCCGAGGUGCGCUGGCAGCACGACGAGGACGUGAGCGAGUGCCCCGCGUGCCGCACGCCGCUGCCCACCAACAAGAAGAAGAUCCACUGCCGCCACUGCGGCCGCAUCUUCUGCGGGCCUUGCGUGAGCCAGGUGGUGGCGAGCGGCCCGCGUGGUCUGCCAGCGCGCGUGUGCUCCGUGUGUCGCACGUUGCUGCAGCCGCACGCCGCGCCCUACUUCAGCACCCGCCCGCCCAACUCGCCCGACUAGCGACCGUCGCGCUCACCCGCACUCACACGACAUCGCUCGCAAGUCAAUAGAUACAUUGUAUGAUUUUAAUAUUAAAAACAAAUGGCGAUCGACUGCUGCUCGUCGUUUGGAAAAAAUUAACACUUAAAUAUUAUCUUAUUUAAAAUAAUAAAAUAGAACACCGCCUUAUCGAACAUAAAAUGUAAGGAGAUUUAAAUGGCCAUCCAUCUUCCAUAUAUUGUUAGGAAGUAUACAUUAGUUUAAUACACAUUCAACAAGGCGGUGUCUGGCGACUCCCUGUGGGCGGCUCGGCGUGUGGUUGUGCGAAACAAAAACGAGCAAUGACUGUAGCGGUGUUAUUUACUCAACUUGACGAUCGGUGCAACAAUUUAGGUUCAAACAAGUCUUGUCAAGGUAUUGCGAAUGUAUCCGAGAUCCUCUGUAUCGCGUCGUCUUGAUCGAAGACCUGUAAAGAUACACCAGUAGCGAGCUAGUGCUGUAGUGGGGAAGCCUGUUCUGCCGGGUGCUGCAGUGUGCCAGAUGUCCGCGAGGUCGUCCAAUGACAAACCUUGUGCUACUAACAUUAUAAAUGUUCCCAUCCACUCGCCACACCAUGUCGUAUGGUCAUUUCCUUCUGUUCUCCUCGGUGCCCGAGGCCCGCGGCCCGUCUGAUGUGAUCACCCGUUAAGUUCAAUAAAACUAGAUAGUACUAUAAGAUAUUUUAUUGUAAAUAAAGAGUUACAUAUUUA